UUGCCUCGACAUUCUCCAAGUUUUCCAGCCUCCUCCUUACUUAGGAAAACUGCGAACGGAUUUCAUCUUCUCGACUUCUCCGUUAAAUCCACAAAAACAAACAAACGUUCUUCAUAAGCCUCCAAAGGCCCAAACUGCACGGCACGCAGCACAAAGGGCCUAUAUGCUCCCUCGCUUCACUCAUAUACUCCGUGCCGUCCACACUCCGCAUUCUCCUUCUGCGAUGGCGCGUGUUAUCGCACGCACCAUCGGUGUCUCCCGCGGUCUUACCCAAACCAACUCCGUAUCCUCCCUCCUAUUCUCAUCGGAAUUAACUCUCAUUCAUAGCACAAACCGUCUCGGCGGCCCUUUGCUCUCGAAAUCUGCGCUGUUUGGUCGUAAUUUUCUUACUCUGUGUAGAAAAGAAGAUGAGAGGGUUUUGAGGUCGCCUGUGAGGGUAUUCGCCGAGCAGAGAGGGUACAGGAAGGUGCGGAGACGAACACCGAAGAGUAAGGAGAAGGAGUUGGAGCUUAAUGUCACCAUUUGCAUUGAAGAAGAGCUACCGGAUGAUCCUGAAAUCCUGAAUAUUGCGGAAAUGCUUCGUCUUAAUGUACCAAUGGCAAUGAAGUUGGCAAUUGAAGGAUUAAAAGAUUCGGAGUAUAAAACAAGAGAUGCAACAAUAAGUGACGUUGGGGGAUUUGAAAGUGUUGAGCUCUCUGUAGUGCUUUGCAAUGAUGAGUUCAUUCGCAAACUUAACAAGGAAUGGAGGGAUGAGGACCACGCUACCGAUGUUCUCUCUAUGUCAGAACAUAUCCCUGAACUUAAGCUCCCAAUUCUUAUGCUGGGUGACUUAGUAAUUUCUGUGGAGACAGCUGCAAGACAAGCAGAAGAAAGAGGACAUUCGCUUCUUGAUGAAAUACGUAUUCUCAUGAUUCAUGGUUUGUUGCACCUUUUGGGUUUUGAUCAUGAGAUUAGUGAAGAAGCUGAAGCUGAAAUGGAGAAGGAGGAGGAACUUCUUUUGAAGAGUCUUGGAUGGAAGGGAAAAGGAUUGAUUCAGAGUGCUUGUGAAGCUGAGACUGCUGGCAACUCACACAUGGAACAUUCAGAUGAUAAGGUGUCAAAAGACAGGAAGAAAGGGGGCAGUCUUCGUUUCUAUAAACCAAAAUUCAAGUAUAUCUUCUGCGAUGUGGAUGGUACACUGUUGAACAGCAAAAGUGAAAUUACCUUGACAACUGCACAAGCUUUGAACGAGGCUCUGUCUAGGGGUGUCAAAGUCAUGAUAGCCACUGGAAAAACACGUCCAGCUGUAAUAAGUGCUCUGAAGACGGUAGAUUUAGCUGGUAAAGAUGGAGCUGUCUCAGAGUUCUCUCCUGGAGUUUUCUUGCAGGGAUUGCUUGUCUAUGGUAGACAGGGUCGUGAAAUUUUUAAAAGGAAUUUAGAUCAAAAUGUCUGCCGAGAGGCAUGUUAUUUCUCUUUGGAGCAUAAGAUUCCCUUAGUUGCUUUCAGCAAGGAUCGUUGCUUAACCCUAUUCCAUCACCCUCUCGUUGACUCUCUGCAUAGCGUGUAUCAUGAGCCAAAGGCAGAGAUCAUGCCUUCCGUAGAGCAUCUCUUGGCAUAUGCUGAAGUACAGAAAGUACUCUUUAUGGACACUGCUGAGGGAGUGGCUUCUACUAUCAGGCCAUACUGGUCAGAAACAACAGGAGAUCGUGCUAAUGUUGUCCAAGCACAGCCAGAUAUGCUUGAAAUUGUCCCCCCUGGAACCUCAAAAGGGGGUGGCGUAAGAAUGCUUCUUGAUCAUUUGGGCAUUGAUGCUAAGGAGAUAAUGGCUAUUGGUGAUGGAGAAAAUGACGUCGAGAUGCUCGAGUUAGCUUCACUAGGUGUUGCUCUCAGUAAUGGAUCAGACAAGGCUAAAGCAGUGGCUGAUGUAAUUGGUGCCAGCAACGACGAAGAUGGUGUGGCUGACGCCAUUUACCGGUAUGCAUUUUGACCUUAACGUUAAUGACAAUCAUUACAAUAUUUUUUGUCAUUCUUAAAGAGCCUUUGCAAAUUCUGGGAAAGGAGGAGAGAAAUGUGUUCAAUUUUUUUGCUCAUUGACAGAAUAGAAAGGUUUUAUAAGCUUUUCUAUAGUCUGAAGUAGAGUCCUCACGGUCGGGUAACCUUGAAAAGUCAAUAUUUAUUCCCUGUUAUUUAGAAUGAAGGUUAUCCUUUAUUUCA